AAAGAAUCCCCCGUGUCUACUCUCAGCAGGUCUCCCAAAUUCAGGCACAUCCUUUUUCUUCAGUUGCUAAGAUGAUAACAUGGAAAACAUCCCCCAACGGACUUUCAUGCCUCCUUGGAGGAGGCUUCGUUUUAUUUCCUACUUAAGGACUGUUAAUAAAUCACUCUCUGGCUGAGUACAGUUGAACGCUGAAGCACUUAGCUUAUCUGACCUUCGCAUUAAUUAUUUUUAUUACCCAGCAGGAACUUAUGAAAGCUGCCCCCCCCCUUCCCUGUAAAGCCAAGUGGCCCCAAGCGAAGAAGCCAGGUCUCUCCUGGUGCCUGAGAGGGAGCUCCUUAAACACCUCCGGCUCUGAAAAGCUCUGCUGGAGGGUACUGGUCCGAACCCCCAGUUCCUUCCAAUCAGUAGACUCCCGGCACCCGUUUGUGCCUGAGGACCCAGUGAUGCCAUUGCAAUUCUUACAAAAACUGAAAGUGAAAUGAGGAAGACUGAUUGAGCAAUCGGAUAGAAGGGCGAAUGCCAGGAAGACCUAGCGUACAGUAGGGGCAGAGAUGCAGCGGGGCAGAGGGGAGAAAAUUCAGGAGAACUCUCCUGAGGGCGAGCGCCGGGCUGGGCCGGGCAGUCAGUGCAGGACAUCAACAAACACAGAUAACAGGAAAUGAUCCAUCCUCUGUGGUCACUGGUUCUAAGGGCCCGAACCUUCAAAGUUCUAGGAGGGAAAUGGAUGACUCCACGGGGGAGCAGUCACGCCUUUCUUGCCUUAGGACCAGAGAAGAAAUGAAACUGAAGGAGACGGUCCCCACCCUCCCCCAGAAGGAAAGCCCCUCUGUCCGCAUCUCCAAAGAUGGGAAGCUGCUGGUCGUGACCCUGCUGCUGGCCCUGCUGUCCUGCUGCCUCACGGUGCUGUCUUUCUGCCGGGUGGCCUCCCUGCAAGCGGAGCUGGGGAGCCUCCGGGCGGAGCUGCGGGAGCACCGGGCGGAGGGGCUGCCGGGCGCCCCCCAGGCGGGAGCCGCAGCCCCCAGGGCCGCCCCUCCGGCCCUGAAAGUGAGUGGGAUCUUUGCACCACCAGCUCCAAGGGAGAGCAGCUCCAUUCAAAGCAACAGGAGUAAGCGCGCCGCGCAGGAUGCGGAGGAAACAGUCACUCAGGACUGCUUGCAAUUGAUUGCAGACAGUGACAUGCCUACUAUACGAAAAGGAGCUUAUACAUUUGUUCCAUGGCUUCUCAGCUUUAAAAGAGGAAGAGCCCUCGAAGAAAAAGAAAAUAAAAUCGUGGUCAAAGAAACGGGUUACUUUUUUAUAUACGGUCAGGUUUUAUACACCGAUAACACCUUUGCCAUGGGGCAUCUCAUACAGAGGAAGAAAGUCCAUGUCUUUGGGGACGAACUGAGUCUGGUGACUUUGUUCCGAUGUAUUCAAAAUAUGCCUGAAACACUACCCAAUAAUUCCUGUUAUUCAGCUGGCAUUGCAAAGCUGGAGGAAGGAGAUGAACUCCAACUGGCAAUACCACGUGAAGAUGCUAAAAUAUCACGGGAUGGAGACGGCACAUUUUUUGGUGCAUUGAAACUUCUGUGACCUACUUACACCUUGUUUGUGGCUCUUGCCCUCCCUCCCUCUGUACCUCUAAAGAGAAAACACUUAACUGGAAAUACCAAAAGGGGAAAAAAGAGUAGUUACCAUAGCCUUUUCUGUGAGCUGUUUGUUUUGGUUUGCUGAAACUAGACCAAAACAGGAAAUUUAACAGACAACCACAGCCAAAGGGUAUCAUGUGAAUUACAAGAAAUAGAGCCCAUUUAAGAAAAAAUAGAAUUAGAAAGACUUUUCACUGUAAUGCCAUGUUGAACAGCUUAGUCAUAGCUUCUUGUCUUGGAGGAAGCACAGGAUUGAAAGAGGCAGUGAUCAUUUCUUCAAGAAUGGUCUUCCACUGUUUCCCGCAGGACAGGGUUCAUGCCUGUAGGACAUGAAGACAUUCUGGAGAAAUCUCAGGAUUCAUCCUCUUUUUUACGUAAAAUACCACUUCUUUUUCAGUUAAUAUUGAG